ACCGGAUCGUGUGUUUGGGCUGCAGGGGGAGCGGGUCUGGUUUGUAUGGUGUUGGGAGCGGGAUGGAGGUUUCAGUGUCUAAUCUAGAGAUCUGUAAUUUAGCUUACACUGGGAAAUUUGAGGAGCUGAAGAAAUGCGUUCUGUCUGACAGAGCUCUGGCCUCCAGAACAGACCAGGACCACAGGACUGCUCUGCACUGGGCCUGUUCAGCUGGACAUGCAAACAUUGUCCAGUUUCUUCUGGAUGUUGGAGCUGAAGUGGAUCUAAAGGAUGAUGUAAGUCAGCAGCUUCCCUCAGUCAGUUCUCAGUCAGUUCUGAGUUCAGCCUCUUGGACCCCUCUACACAUUGCAGCUUCAGCAGGGAGAGAGGAAAUUGUGCGAUCUUUAAUAUCAAAAGGGGCACAGCUGAAUUCAGUCAACCAGAAUGGAUGCACUCCAUUACAUUAUGCAGCGUCAAAGAACCGAUAUGAGAUAGCACUGCUUUUGCUGGAGAAUGGUGCAGACCCCAAUGCUACAGAUAAACUAGAAUCCACACCUUUGCAUAGAGCGUCAGCAAAGGGCAACUACCGUCUCAUCCAGCUCCUUUUAAAACAGAGUGCUUCCACCAAUAUUCAGGACUCUGAGGGAAACACGGCUCUCCAUCUUGCUUGUGAUGAAGAGCGAGUAGAGGCGGCGAAGCUCUUGGUUGAACAUGGUGCCAGCAUCUACAUUGAGAAUAAAGAAGAGAAAACACCUUUACAGAUUGCCAAAGGUGGGCUAGGAGCUUUGCUCCGCAGGAUUGUGGAGGGCUGAAAUAACCACUGACCAAACUCCCAGCUGAGGAAUGCACUUGAAGCUUUCUGCUGAACAGCUCUGAACAGGUCCGCCGAGUAAGAGUUUUUCUGACAGGAUGGUGGACAGCAAGAAACAUGGAUGAUAAAAAUAAGAAGAGAACUAAUGCAUUGUUGAAAGGACUCGCUGUGUGAAGCCUGAAAUGUUCACAGCUUGGUUCUUCCUCUCAGUGUUUUGAAACAUCUGUUUUGUACUAUGAAGAUAAUUAUUUUAGAUAUCAUUACAGCUCAUGCAUAUACGUCUAGCUUUAACACAUGCAGUCAUUUUGUUUAUUUGGAUUGUUUAGUUUCCUAACAUUUAAUACGUAGUCAUUGAGUUUAACAUAGAAAUGUUGUUUUAAAGGACAAUAAAAUGAAAAGGUGAAAUCCAAAUUACUUUGUUGCAACUUUGAUUUGCAUUAAGGUUUUUUUGUUGUGGUUUUUUGAUAAUAUUUUCUCAGGGUGCCACUAAUGUCAGGAGGUAAUGUGAACAAAAUUCAGUCUUACACUUUAGGGAAGUAGACAAGGAGCUAAGUAAAGCUUUGUUUAUGAAUACUCUUUAUUAUGAAAAUUUACCAUAUAAUUCCACCGUGAAGCAUUUGCAUAACGUAAAGUGGAUAACAUUGAUUAUGUUAGCGGGCCAAUGGUAAAUUUUGUAAUUUGUUUGGUUUUUACAAAAAUAACCUUUGGUUUAAAGUAGUAAAUAAGUAGUAAACUAUGUGGGCACAAGUGAAAAUAGUUUAUUCUAUUAUUGUUAGAGUAAGACUAAUAUGCUCUACUCUCCACAAAAUGUUUGUGUUGGACAAAAACUUCCAUUCACUUUUUGAUGAAAAUGAAAUCUGCCAGUAGCCAGAAAAAAGAUACUUCAAUAAACAAUUAUCAGGUAAUGGUUACGUAUUGUUAGGUAUGUUUUAUAAAAUGUCAUUGGAAAAAUCACUUGUUGAUUUAUUGAUUUAGUUAGAGAGUUAUUCUCCCACACUUGUGAUGCUGGGUAUUUCCAUUUGUGUGUAGUAUUCAUUUUCAGAGCUACGUUUAUAUGACAUGUCUCUGUCACAGACCUUCUGUGAAUAGUGGGAUCUGUGAUUUGUUAUACAUAAUGCACUGUAAAAAAGACUUAAUUUGCGCAACAAAUAUGGUAAUUGUACUGUAGUAGUGAAUUGCCAUGAGAUUGGGACUCUUUUGGAGAAUAGCUCUCUUAUAGAAUCUCUUAUACGGCCCAAUCUUUUUUGCAAACAGUGUAACUGCAGGUUUUUUAUUAUAAUAAAAAAAAACAAGAAACA